AGGAAACCCCGGUCUGAGCAUGCGCACUGGAUCAGCUGUGGCAACAGAGUCGUUGCGGAGUUAAAAAGUGAAAACUCGGAGCUCGUCUUUGUUCUCCGGUAGUUCUGCGGUGGUUCUCCGGUGGUUCUCCGUUGGCUCGCGAUGGCCGGCACCGCGCUGAAGAGACUCAUGGCGGAGUAUAAACAGCUGACUCUGAACCCACCUGAGGGGAUCGUUGCAGGUCCGGCCAACGAGGAGAACUUCUUUGAAUGGGAGGCUCUCAUCAUGGGUCCUCAGGACACCUGUUUUGAAGGUGGAGUGUUUCCAGCCGUCCUCAGUUUCCCGUCUGAUUAUCCUCUCAGUCCUCCCAAGAUGAGGUUCACCUGCGACAUGUUUCACCCCAACAUCUACCCGGACGGGCGGGUGUGUAUCUCCAUCCUUCACGCUCCGGGCGACGAUCCGAUGGGAUACGAGAGCAGCGCGGAGAGGUGGAGUCCGGUCCAGAGCGUGGAGAAGAUCCUGCUGUCUGUGGUCAGCAUGUUAGCAGAGCCGAACGAUGAAAGCGGAGCGAACGUCGACGCCUCUAAGAUGUGGCGGGAGGACAGAGAGCAGUUCUACAAACUCGCCCAGAAGAUCGUACGCAAGUCGCUCGGCCUCUAGAGAAGAAACGUCAGAAACGCUCGUCCUCUCUCCCUCUGUUCCCUUUUUCAUCAGCAGACGGACACUCGGAGAACAAAAUCAAGCAACGUUAAUGACUAUUUCUCAUCACCAUGGAAACACACACGCAUACACGCACGCACACACACGCACGCACACACACGCAGAGAGUGAGAGACGGACAGAUCAAUAAACUGAUGGACGGGCGACUGGAAGACAAACACACAGCAGCAGGAUUCAUUUCAGUCUGUUUUUCCAUCUUAAAUGUUUCUUCUAAUCACAUCUAAUGAGACGUCAGCGGAGAGGAAGGGUCAUGUGACAUCAUCGCGGACCGUUUCUCACCGUUUCAGCGGGACGUUCCGACAUGCAGAACUCUGCCUGAGAAUCAUCACAUUUACAAGUAAUCCAGAGAAAGUUGUCUGUAUAUUGAUUAAAGGAGCCGCUAACAGCUGA